AUGUAUCUUAAUCAUCCGCUUUUUGCAGUAGGCUUCGCUUCGUCUGCAGCGGGGGCCGUGUUCCGUCGUGCCCCAUAUUCCAACGUUACUCUCGGAACGACCUUGCCUGCAUCUGCUUCGACACUCGCAGCUAUCCUCCCAGGAACCUUGUUACAAAGCGUUAGCACCUUGGGUACAGGGAGCUCUAGCGAGUAUGGAAUCCUUCAGCCGACCGAUGCGGCCUCGAUUGGAUCACAGAUUUCUUCUGUUCUACAACCGAACAGUACUUCGUCAGACGCCUAUAACACAACAUUGUCGCAGACCCAGUCUCCACCGCUAGCAACUUCAAGGAUCGGCCCGUCUUCCAUUAACGACACAGCAACACAGCAAAACCACAUCUCCGAUGCAACGUGCACAAUCAACAUUCCAAGUGCGAGUGUGGAUUACUGGUUCGCUCCAACUUACAGCCACGUGGUGGGAAUCAUGACAACAGAGGCAUCGAAUUUCAGUAAUAUGAAUUCGUAUACCCUUGUUCCUUACACGACGACGUUUGAUGUAUCUAGUGCAUUGUCAUCAGACUUUGUGUGCAGCUAUAGCACGUCGUAUUAUGCCGAAUGGGACUUCACGCUUACGAUGUGUGAAGAGUACACGGUAAGACCUAAUGCAGCUACUACGUCGGUUGCCUAUCGUUCUGCAGCCUACUCGCCUUUUCCCUCUGGAGGUGUCAUCCCUACGUCAGAUGCCGGACUAUAUGAUCUUUACUAUCCGGAUACCUUCCCAUCGGCCACUGCUACCAUUACUCUUGGGCCGAACACCACAAUAAUUCAAACUUCUGCCACGCCGUUUGUCUACUUCACAGCUUAUGAGAUCGCAUCAGGUCACAUAACAGAGACAGUACAGUUGUACUCUCUACAAGCUUAUCCUUAUUGGUUGAAAGGAAUUGAAGAGAAACCUACCAUUGUAGGCCCAAUACCAGAUGGCUUUCUCGAACAGAUUCCACAGUCUGCAUGUGAUGCUGGGCAGCUCCAGGCCGUCGUAACUGUUCUUGUCAUUGUCGACCUAUACUACCAAAACUGGCCUGGUAUGGCCCCUCAACUCAUCCACGCUGAGUCUUCUGUUCUUGGGUUUGACGAUCUGCCUAUCGUCAUAAACAAUUGGGGCACUGGCACCUCGAAGCCCAUUCCACUUACAGUAGCUGACUGGAAUCUCUCUGACGUUAACGGCGAACCGACUGCCACUGUUAAGCCAAACAACCGACCUGGCUCGAUCCUAACAACCCAGGUGCGCGGUGGGAACAACAACAAUGCCGUAAACCCCCCCGAACCCACCCGGGUUACCGUGGGGUUUGUGGGCACCAAAGCUGUCGUGGUUGGCCCGUCCUCCGAAGUCAUUGUGGGCUCGCAGACCUUGCGGGCUGGAGCUUCACCUGUUAAUGUGGGAGAUGGAACUCUGGUUUCUCUCGCUCCAUCAGCUACAGCUAUUGUUGUGGACGGUCGAACGUCUAGACUUCCUCAGGCUGGUCAAUCACGUCCUCCACCCGUCCUGACCAUUGGUUCGACGACACUUACACCUAACGCUGCUACUCAGUUCUUUGUCGGUCCAGGACAGACCCUUUCCCCUGGAGGCGUCGCUACUAUUGAUGGCAUCGUUGUCAGUCUGGCACCCUCGGCUUCAUUUAUAGUUAUUGGAGGCUCCACUCAAGCUUUACCAGAAUCACUACCAGUCCCAGGCAGUCCGCCGCAAUUCGUAAUUGGCAGCUCGACAAUCACAGCGCAAGUCACUCAGGACAGGUCGAAUAACCCCAACGGCCAAAACAAUCAUAUGCCUAGUCCUACCUUUGUGGUUUCGGGGCAGACGCUCGCCCCCGGUGCUCCUGCCAUUACCGUCUCGGGCACUACGCUGUCUCUAGCAGCUGCAGGAAGUGUUCUGGUGGUCAAUGGGGCAUCCUCGACGAUACAAUCACCGGCCUUUCCCAACAUAACACCACCCGCACUCACUGUUGGGAACAGUGUGUUCUCUGCUCUUGAUAGUCCGCGGAACUCGUUCGUCAUCGCCGGUCAGACACUAGUGCCUGGAGGUUCGGCAAUAACUGCGUCCGGUACUACGCUAUCAUUGGCAUCUUCAGCAUCUUUCCUUGUCGUGGAUGGAGUUACAUCCGUUAUUCCAGAUCCGGCUGCGCUGACUAUCAAUGUUGGCAACGAGGUCUUCGCUCCUAUCUCGGCCCCAUCUGGACCGUCAUUUGUCGUUGGCGACCAAUCUCUCAUCCCAGGUGGCCCAGCAAUCACCGUCUCGGGGACAACGUUAUCGCUCGCGCCUUUUGCCUCAUUUAUCAUUGUCGAUGGAACCACCUCCUCACUCGUUACUCCUAGUCUGCAGUUCGGCAACCCUCCCGUGAUUACUAUUGGCGGCGAUGUCAUCAGCGCUCUUCCACAGCCUUCAGGGCCUGUUUUCGUGGUAGAUGGUCAAACACUCGUUCCCGGUGGUUCAGAAAUCACCGUCUCUGGUACCACAUUAUCUCUCGCUCAAUCGGCAUCCCUGGUCGUCAUCAACGGCGUUACCUCCAUUUUGGCUACCCCAGCUGCUCCACUGAUUACUGCGCCUCCCUUAACUAUCGGACAUGCGACUUUUAGACCGCUUCCAGGGACUGGUACUGCAUAUCUGAUUGGUUCAAUAUUGCUCACUGCAGGUGGGUCUAUCGUCGUUUCGGGUACCACCAUUUCUCUCGCACACGGAGCUACUGCCCUGACCAUCAACGGAAAGACCAGCUUUAUCUCGCCCGGGAUUCAGCCCAUUAUCACCAACCCGCCAUUACUUACUAUCGGUUCGCAGACGUACACAGCACAAUCUGGCAGCGGAACAACAUUCAUCAUUGGCGAUCAGACAUUGACGCCAGGCGGCACGAUUACUAUCGACGGAACCACGAUCAGUCUUGCGCCGGGAGCUACGGAGUUGAUUUACGGAAGUUCAGGUCGCACCACAAAAAGUGCUUUGUUUCCCGCUACAACAACACGGCUCCAAAGCGUCACUAGCAGCGCGGCUGCGAGUGUAGGGGGCAGUAGGCCCAAUGGAGAGGCUAUAGCGACAGGCAAAAAGGAGGGCACAGCAUCGCACUCGACGUACGGGAGGUCCAUAGUAUCUGCAGUCGUCGUGGUCCUUUAUUCAUAUUUUGCUUGA